AUGAAAGAGUUGAAAUGUGGUUCUGUGAUGAUAAUCAUAACUCUAUGUUUGUUCCUAAUGACAUCAUCAAUGGCAGUUAUUCAUGAAGAUUCAUCUUCGAUUGGAGUUAAGAGAUUGGUCCCAGGAGGUCCCGAUCCUAUAGAGAGUCCGACUCCUCCUCAUCUUUCUCCACAAAAUCGUCAUUUGAUUGAAGUCAACAGAUUGGUCCCAGGAGGUCCCGAUCCUGUAGAGAGUCCGACUCCUCCUCAUCUUUCUCCCCAAAAUCGUCAUUUGAUUGAAGUCAAUAGAUUGGUCCCAGGAGGUCCCAAUCCUCUACAUAAUCCUAUAGAGAGUCCUCAGACUCCUCCUCAUCUUUUGCUGAAAAAUCAUCAAUUAAUUCAAGUCAAUAGAUUGGUCCCAGGAGGUCCCAAUCCUCUACAUAAUCCAUAA